GUUCUUCGCAGCGGACGCACAUCUGUAGCGCUCGUCAUUGACUUAUAAGAAUUCAACUACACGUCCCGACGUUGCGCCACGGCCUCCCGUAAUUGUUGUGAAUAUGUAAUUUGCGCUCGCGCGACCGGUCGCUUCUGGAUUGGACUGCGCAGCUCCAGAGGACAGAGCCGCGCUCCAGAGGACGGAGCCGCUCUCCAGAGGACGGAGCGGUCGGGCCGUGAUGUGGAACAUGAACGCAGUUUCUGCGGAGCUAUGAACAGAUGCGCCGCGUGACGACGGCACGCCGUGGAUGAAGCCCACGUCACGAUGAGUCAAAAGUCGGUGCUUUAUAGAUACAAUCACAGGAAAUAGAGGAUUUGGUGGUAGUUUAGGUGGAAACCGUUCAGCUUUGGGCGCGCAGAAUCGCGUGCUGGAGAUUUUGGAAAGGACUGACACAACUCUACUCUGAAUUAACUUUUGCUCCACUGUCGGAACAGAAUGAGUGCCGGCCAGAGGUCGGAGGAUAUUUCCACUCUCACGCAAACCGGCCACUGACAGAUCCUUUGUUUACGCACGGGCAGAGAGGGAGCCGUGCGCACACGUUUUGGUUUCGCGUGUUUAUGUGGAUCCACUUUUUCUGCUUUUAAAUGAUACGCGAUCUGAGCAAGAUGUACCCCCCGGCCCGGCAUCCGCCGGGACAGCCGCUAAAGUUCACUGUCACCGAGUCCUGCGACCGGAUCAAAGAGGAGUUCCACUUCCUGCAAGCCCAGUACCACAGUCUGAAAUUGGAGUGUGAGAAACUGGCCAGUGAGAAAACGGAGAUGCAGAGACACUAUGUCAUGUACUACGAAAUGUCGUACGGACUUAACAUUGAGAUGCACAAGCAGGCGGAGAUUGUCAAGCGGCUGAAUGCGAUCUGUGCCCAAGUCAUCCCCUUCCUCUCUCAGGAGCAUCAGCAACAGGUGGUGCAGGCGGUGGAGCGGGCCAAGCAGGUCACCAUGGCUGAACUCAACGCCAUCAUAGGACAGCAGCAGCUCCAGGCUCAGCACCUCUCCCACGGCCACGCCAUCCCCGUCCCACUCACGCCUCACCCGGCGGGCCUCCAGCCCCCCCUGGUCCCCGGGGCCGGCACCACCGCCAGCCUCCUGGCCCUGUCCUCCGCCCUGAGCCACCAACUGCCGCUCAAAGACGAGAGGAAGCUCCUUGACAACGGCGGCGAACACCCGAGAGACAGAGACUCGCUCAAGAGCUCAUCCGUUUCUCCCUCGGCCAGUUUUCGGAACCGCGAGAAGCACAGAAGUUUGAGCGAUUACUCCUCCGACAGCAAGAAACAGAAGACAGAAGAGAAGGAGUUGGCCUCCACGCGCUAUGAAAGUGACGGCGAGAAGAGCGACGACAACUUGGUGGUGGACGUCUCCAACGAGGAUCCGGCGUCUCCCAGAGGGAGUCCUGCCCACUCGCCUCGGGAGAACGGAUUGGACAAGAGCCGCCUGACGAAGAAGGACGCUCCGCUGAGUCCGUCCUCCGUCGCCUCUUCCAGCAGCACGCCUACUUCCAAAUCCAAAGAGAUUAGUUCGAAUGAGAAGUCCACAACGCCUGUGUCCAAGUCCAGCACCCCCACCUCCCGCUCCGACGGCCCGGCGGCGAGCAGCACCUCCACCCUGGGCCUGAGGUCCGCACCUGGCAAACCCCCGGGAGUCGAGGCCCUGGCUCCUGGUCUCCGUACGCCCCUGGCGGUGCCCUGCCCAUACCCCAGUCCCUUUGGACUGGUUCCCCACCCGGCUAUGAACGGAGAGCUGAGCGGAGCCGGGGCGGCCUACGCCGGCCUGCACGGCAUUUCUCCUCAGAUGAGCGCGGUGGCCGCCGCUGCGGUGGCAGCUUACGGACGCACGCAAGUGGUGGGAUUUGAUCCUCACCACCACAUACGUGUCCCUGUCCUUCCCCCUAACUUGUCAGGCAUUCCUGGGGGAAAACCAGCCUACUCCUUUCACGUGAGCGCCGACGGACAAAUGCAGCCGGUGCCCUUCCCCCCGGACGCGCUCAUCGGGCCCGGCAUCCCGCGCCACGCGCGCCAGAUCAACUCCCUCGGCCACGGAGACGUCGUGUGCGCCGUGACCAUCAGCAACCCCACGCGGCACGUCUACACCGGCGGCAAGGGAUGCGUCAAGGUGUGGGACAUCAGUCACCCGGGGAACAAGACCCCCGUGUCCCAGCUGGACUGCCUGAACAGAGACAACUACAUCCGCUCCUGUCGGCUACUCCCCGACGGGCGGACUCUCAUCGUCGGGGGCGAGGCGAGCACCCUGUCAAUCUGGGAUUUGGCCACGCCGACUCCACGGAUCAAGGCCGAGCUGACUUCGUCGGCGCCAGCGUGCUACGCUCUGGCCAUCAGCCCCGACUCCAAGGUCUGCUUCUCCUGCUGCUCCGACGGAAACAUAGCUGUGUGGGAUCUGCACAACCAGACGUUGGUUAGGCAGUUCCAGGGCCACACCGACGGAGCCAGUUGCAUAGACAUCUCUAAUGAUGGCACCAAGCUGUGGACCGGAGGCCUGGACAACACCGUGCGGUCCUGGGACUUGAGAGAGGGACGGCAGCUGCAGCAGCACGACUUCACUUCACAGAUCUUCUCACUGGGAUACUGUCCUACGGGCGAGUGGCUGGCAGUCGGGAUGGAGAACAAUAACGUGGAGGUUCUGCACGUCACCAAACCCGACAAGUACCAGCUCCACCUGCACGAGAGCUGUGUGCUCUCACUGCGAUUUGCUCACUGCGGCAAGUGGUUUGUGAGCACGGGAAAAGACAAUCUACUCAACGCCUGGAGAACCCCGUACGGAGCCAGCAUAUUCCAAUCGAAGGAGUCGUCCUCGGUGCUGAGCUGCGACAUCUCCGCCGACGACAAGUACAUCGUGACGGGGUCGGGGGACAAGAAGGCCACCGUCUACGAGGUCAACUACUAGGAGCAGCCGCCCGUGUACAGUUUUUAACGUGUAGAAAAUGGAUUUGAGUGGAACCAAACUUGAGUCUUUCUUGGACCUGUCCGGCUAAUCGUGGAUCAAAGCUAGCGAGCAGAACACAAGCACAAAUGGAUUUCUGUUCAUACUGAGUGGCUUUCUUUGUUGUUGUGAGGAUGAGUGAAUGUCUGGAGGCGCUGCUGUUGCUUCCGUGUUACACCUUUAGCUGUAAUUGCUGUAAUUUGUUAAGUGGAACGUUCCUUUACACUCCUUUUUACGGGCCUUCUCUGUUGUCUUGCGCGGACGAGCUGCUGUCCGUUCACGAGAGUCGGCAUUCCCAUGCCUGCCUUUAGCUUUUCACAAGGCACCAAGGCCCAACACCUGCUUAUUUUUCUCUUACCAUUUGGCACACGAUGAAGAAUACGAUGUAAAUAUCUGUUUUCUUUCCUCACAUGAUGGCUCUGAUAUGCUUCCCCUCACACACGUAGACGCACUCCACAAAGAGAGCGCCCUGUGGGUCUUUGUGUGCUUUAAUACCACAGCUUUAUUAACGUUGGAUCUAAAUGCAGUACUGACAUUCUUCCCGAGGCCCUGAGCUUCAAACUGUGGCGCUCUACGCGCAGUCUAACAACCAAUCCCACUGCUCGGCAUGCGGGACCUGCCCCGUGUUGGUGGUUGAGACAGCGCCGAUCGUAGUUAGGAUCGGGACAGCCCAUUGGUCACCCCAUCGGAUCCCAACAAACCAGGUCAGUACCUCGGGGAUAACGGACACAGUCUUGACGAGAUCACCAGUGGCUACACUCCCCCUGGAGUGCCUGUUGUGGACGGCAUGUCAGUUUCCACUCAGAACAUGCGCGGGUUCUUUCCAAAAAAAAACGUCCCUCUACACAGGAACCACUGAGUCAUCGGGUCCAACGGACUUUA